CCGCUGACCCGCAGAUGUUUCAGUUUCUGUCUGCAGCGCCUGGUCACAAUAACCUGCCCUUUUCAGUCGGAGGACUUUCUAUUUAGACUUUAGUUUGAAGUGUACCUGCGCGCUUUGAGCGGAACACGGCGGCUCCACACGAAAGGGCAUGCAGUUUGAUAACGACACCUGGGUCCGAAAGUGAGCAACUAAGACAACACCGCUGCCGCGUCGGAAUGGACGGCUUACGCGCUGCCCAUCUUUCAUCAGCCCGCAGGCCGUCUGCUGGGGGAGCUUUACCCGAUGAAAACUCACCCUUUGGGAAAGCUCCGUCCCAGCUGCCCGUGAAAAAACAAGCCGUGAAGAGACACCACCACAAACACAACCUGAAACACAGGUACGAGUUUCUGGAGACCCUCGGGAAAGGAACAUACGGCAAGGUGAAGAAAGCCAAGGAAAGGUCCGGUAGACUGGUUGCUGUGAAGUCAAUCAGGAAGGAGAAAAUCAAGGAUGAACAAGACCUGAUUCACAUUCGCAGAGAAAUCGAGAUCAUGUCCUCGCUCUGUCAUCCGCACAUCAUCACCAUAUAUGAAGUAUUUGAAAACAAGGACAAAAUUGUGAUUGUGAUGGAGUAUGCCAGCCGGGGCGAUCUGUAUGACUACAUCUGUGACAAGAAGAGCAUCACUGAGCAGGAGGCCAGGCAUUUCUUCAGGCAAAUUGUAUCAGCUGUGCACUACUGCCACCAGAAUGGAAUCGUACACCGGGACCUGAAACUGGAGAACAUUUUACUGGAUGGCAGUGGCAAUGUUAAGAUUGCAGACUUUGGGCUGUCAAACCUCUACCAUGGUGAUGAAUACCUUCAGACUUUUUGUGGCAGUCCUUUGUAUGCUUCCCCAGAGAUUGUCAAUGGGCGUCCGUACCAUGGGCCAGAGGUGGACACUUGGUCUCUUGGAGUGCUUUUAUACACGCUGGUUCACGGCACAAUGCCGUUUGAUGGAAACAACCACAAGACAUUAGUGCAGCAGAUCAGCACCGGAAACUACCGGAAACCAAACAAACCCUCCGAUGCAUGUGGACUCAUCCGCUGGAUGCUGAUGGUAAAUCCAGAGCGCCGAGCUACAAUAGAGGAGAUUGCCGGACACUGGUGGCUCAACUGGGGCUACCUGCAGCCUUUAUUGUGUGAGAGAAAGAGCAGUCAAGUAGAGCAGAACCCUGCGCCAGUAUCUCCAUCAACAUCACACCCUGCUGGGCUGGCCAGUGUUGCUAGUUGGCUGCGUCGUACAUCCAGGCCUUUAUUGGAUAACGGCUCCAAGAUGCGCUGCCUCCUCCGCACACAGGGUGGUGGAGGGGAUGUAGUCCGGCAACGCUCUCUGCGAAGGUCACGUAAGGAGAAUAAUAUCUCCCAGACAGUUCAUGAAGCAAGCACAGACAGUCGGCCCUCCAAGGGUAUUCUGAAAAGACGUAACAGCAUGAAACAGAAGCAGAUGAGCGAAACACCAGCUGUAGGUUUAGCAGACCCACAAAAUAUCUUGAGCUUUUCUGCACCAGAAGAUGCACCUUCAGCUGCGCAGCUUCCUCGCAAAGGUAUCCUAAAGAAGCCUGCUGAGCAAGAGUCAGGGUAUUACUCAUCUUCUCCAGAGAACAGUGACUCUGGCUUGCUAACACAAACUAAAGAGUGCCCUUCAGCACCACCCUACAGGAAGGGCAUCCUCAAACGUAAUGGAAAGUUCUCUUCUGGUGGGUUACAAGAGUUUGGGUCUUUGGACCAGCUGGCCACAUCUUUGCCCCAUGGAUGUGGCAGAUCGAGACCAAGCGGAGCCAUCAGUGAAGACAGCAUUUUGUCUUCAGAGUCCUUUGAUCAGCUGGAUCUACCAGACCACGUGAGACCUACAACACAAAUGGCUAAACCAGCCAAGGCGAGCAUGAGAGGCUGCGUUUCUGCUGACAACCUACUGGACAUCCAAGAAGACAGGAUUCUGUCUGAUGGGCUGCUGAGGUCCUGGGACUGUUACAAGUCUGGAGUGGCUGACAGUGCCUUUUCCAUUUCAGACUGUGAUAACGUCACAGAGGCUUACAAACAGGCCAUGGUCAUACGAGGCUCCACAGCAAGCUGAAGACUGUGAAUAAGGAAAACAAUACUGACUAAAGAAUUUGCUUUCAUCCAGAAUUUUAAUUGACUUUAAACUGAAAGCCAAAGUGCAUAAUGUGAAAAUACCAGUGCACUGUAGAGAUGAUGAUUCUGGCUGACUUCAGGAAUUGCACAGCACCAAAGAAGGGAGGAGACGUGUUGCAAAACUUGAAAUCGUAUAUGAGGUGGUUGAUUAAGGAAAUAAGAAAUGAGGAGAUUACGCAAAGGAGAAGCUACAGAGUACGGUCGACAACUUCUUUUUCAAAUGGCUUUAGGAGAAGAGAGAGGCUGGUUGUCAGCCUGGAGCUCUGGUUUUCAUUGACAGUCAAUUCAUUCACAAUGAAAUCAAAACACCGGUUUGAGAUAAGACAGCAGUACAUCAGAGACAGUAAUUGAGGAGACAUUUUUACAGUUACAGUAGAUCUGAUUUGAAUAUUGAUUUUUUUUUUUUUUUGGGGGGGGGGGGGGGUGUACAGCAGAAGAACACUAAAGUCAACAAGAGGGUUUGAUAAAGUUCAGUGAUUGUUGUUUGGUAAUCAUUUGUCUAGGUUAAUGACCGCAGUAGUGCACAGUUUCAAUGCUGGAAUGACUUUCGUUUGUGGGGAAGGAACAUUUCAUGGAUACCAAAGAGCUGAUCUUAGUGCUAAAAGUCCCAGCAAAAAGUGCCAAGUUUUGAUGUUUGUAACAGGGACUACUGACAUUGUUUUUUUGUUAAUGUUUUUCCUGAAAUGACUUGUUUGGUGUUUGGAUAAUGACUUGAAUAAUAAUAGUGACCCUAUGACUCAGCAUCCUAACCAGUCGAACCUGCCUUUGCUUGCUAGCGUGCGCUGAUACAAGUGCACAGAUGGCCUCCCACAUGGGUGUCAGUUUUACAAAAAUAGGUGGGGCUCACUGCAUUAUUUUAUUUUUAGCUUUUAAUUUAUUCACUGAAAAUCAACACCAUCACGUUCCCCAGCUAAUUACUGUGCUGCGACCUGGUGACUCAAACAAAACUAGAUUUCAAAAUAAAAUCAUGAAUUAGGCACAUGGAUAAUGAUUAUUAAUUAAGCUUGACAAGAUAUUUUCACAGCUACCUGGAUGUAUCAGGCCAGCCAGUGCCUGGAAUAGCACUUUCAGGCCACUGAAACCUGAUAACUACACCAUUUAUUUAUCAGUCAUUUGAGUAUUACGCUCCUGUAACAAGAACCAUGUCGAAACAGCAUGGUUCAGAUGAUUGAGGCUCAUCAGGAAUUGAAAGCCUGUUUGUAUGCAAAAGGUUUUUUUGGUCAUUUUUCCGAUUUCUGGAAUCUGACAGGAUUGUAUUAAGAAGGUAAAACUCACUGAUAACUGAUCUUUGAUUAUUCAAGUGUGAAAGGAGAAAAAAAUGUCAGUAAGAUUUUUUUUUUUUUUUUUGAGUAAUUUAAUGUUUGUAAUGUGGGCAUUUCAUUGUUUUUGUUUCUCCCUUUCCCCUGUCCUAGAUGUUUUAGUUUAAUUUAAACCAUGUCUGCCAAAGUCAUUUGUGUGACUGAUCUGCCAUGUUGUCCUUACUGGGAUGAAGGAGUCAAUAAAAAAACAAACAACCGA